UGUAAAAGGUGAAUGUGCGGAUAGCAAAUCAAAAAGUUCAGCACCACAGUUGGCCAUCUCUCUUUCUCUCUCUCUGGCUCUGUAUUUUUUUCUCAUCUUUUUUUUUAUACUUAUUUUUUAAUUUUACUCCUGGCUUCUGACGAUCCCUGUUAGACCUUCAUCGUCAUUUAUUCUUCUGUUGGAAGCUCCUGAUUUUUCCAGAUAUCGACAAAGCAACUGACGUAAUUUAUACUUUUUGUAGCCUUUUUAAUUGUCUUCUGCAAUAUAUGAGCCGAUGAUCUUCUUAGAGAAUUUUGUUUGGGAACUCCGGUUGUGGAACAUUUCGUAAUUUUGCUACGAAUUGGUUAGGUUAGGAAUUAUUGGCAAAUGUGCUCAAAUGAUGUUUUUGUUGGAUCUUUAUAAUAGAUGUAGCUUUAUUUAUUUUUUGGCUAAAGUAAUCAUUUUGUUGAUGGGUUAUGGCUUUUGUCACGGUUAAGGAUUGAAAUACUGGAAAAUGAGGUUUAUAUAUGAAUUGUGAAUAAUUGGAACUUUUUAUGUUCUUUGAUUUGGAAAACGGAUAAUCUAAUUUGGGUUUUAGGUAACCUUAGGAUUAUCUGUCUCAACCCCCUCUGUUAUUCUAUAUACUUCUGUGAUCUUGUUUAAAGUGAACUUAGGUAGCUAAAAUGCUUGGGUGAGUUUUAAAAAUCUAGUUUAGCUAAAUAGACAUUUCAAGUGGUAGUGCCAAACUGGAGCUUGAGGAUGAUUGUCUGAAUCAUUUUCAUGAUUGCACUGGGAGAUCGAUGAAAAAAUAUUUUCUCUUUCAGAUAUUUUGUAAAUGCAUCCUGCAUUCAUCUAAGAUUAAGCAUCGUAAGCCCAUCUGAGAUUUAUUCGUAUAUACAUUGUCUUGUGAGUUUAUGCUGAGAAUGCAGUGCUAUCACGAGAAAUUUGGGAAGGACAAUAAGGAAACUGUGCAUAGUUUUAUCUUCUUUCGCCGUUAGCAUAACUUUGAAUGAAGAGCAGAUUCUAGGUUUUGGGCUCUGGUGUCCAUGCUCAGGAACAUUGUCCUGAACUGUCCCGAUUAGGCUCUUAUAACAGGAUAGGGGUCUGUAAUCUUUUACACGAAAAGAAUCAUGAACUGGAUGUAAUCUCCCACAUAUUUGAUUCUGUGACUGUGAAAUUAAAUAGAUGUUAGGUUUGUAUGUUGAGACAGGCUCCUAUAAUUUGUAUCCGUUCACUAGGAAGCAUCUGCUUUUGGUGUGGUUAGAAUGUUGCAUGUCAUUGUAGCCUCGUGGGAAAGGUUUGCUGAUUUUCUUUCUUAAAGCAUUAUCCUCAUAUCAGCUCCUAUCACUUGAAGAAGCUACAAAGCCCGUCAUAGGCUGCUCACGUGGUGCCUAUUUUUCAUUCUUAUCAUGUGUGCUUUUUCCUGUUGAGGUAUCAGGUAAAAUAUAAUGUGUAGAGUGGGUCUACUGGAAUUUAAACAUUUGUAAGAUCAAAGAGUCUGAUUUUUUUACGCAAACUCUAUCCAUCUUCUAGCAUUAGAUCCAUAAAAAAAUCAGUCUUGAAACACUUAAUCACUGAUAAGGAUUGUUGCAUUGAUUGCUUCAUACUCCUUCCGUCCCUUAAAAAUAUGAACUUUUGAAGGGCACAGGUUUUAAUGCACAAUUGGUAAAGUAAGAGAGAUAGGAAGAAAAAGUGAUCGAAGUAUUGUUAGUGGAGAAUGUGUCCCACCUCAUUAGAGAGAAAGAAGUUUCCUAAAGUAUAAAGUGCAUCAUUUUAAGAGACAAACUAAAAUGGAAAUAGUUCAUAUUUUUAAGGGACGGAGGAAGUAUCAUUUUGUGGCAUAUUCUUGUGCUUGCUGACUUAUAUUAUUGGCUUUUGAGGUCCUAAAUGAAUAGAGCUAUCUUCCAGGUAAUGGCAACAGAGGAAGAUAUUGGCGUGCCAGAUCUGAAGUCACAGUUGACCAAUGCACAGACCCACUUGAAGCAGGAGAUAGGAAGAAGCCAGUCUCAAGUGGAUGCAUUGCAAGAGAAUCUUACGGAGGUAAAGGCUUGUGUUCAAGGCUCUGAAGUAGAUGCUAAGAAGGAGCUGAAAGUUCUCUGGCAUAGAGUCAAAACGUCUGCAACAUUGUUGACAUACUUGAAAUCAAAAGCAAGAAUCAUGGCAGUUCCUCAUUUGGCUCAUACCUCUUGUGGUAUCAAACAAUUGGAGGGUGUGGGCCUUGUUGAUAAAAAUGGUGUGCCAUUGUCUGGAUGGUCAAGGAAUGUAGAUACUUCUUUUUUCGACUAUGCAGAUGAGGAAACAUGGACAGCGCUUAGCAGUAAGGAUGGUGCUCUUGAUGAACAAGAUGGAGUUUAUAUUGGCGAAGUACUCAAAAGUGUACAAAUGGUUACAGAUGUAAUGGAAACUCUUGUGAAGAGAGCUAUAAUGGCGGAAUCUGAAACAGUUACGGAGAAGGAAAAGGUAAUAGUAGGACAAGAGGAAAUAAAAAAGAAGGCAUUUCAAAUCGAUAACAUGUCACUAAAAUUAGAGGAGAUGGAGCAGUUUGCAAUGGGUACAAAUACUAUUUUGAACGAGAUGAGACAGAGGGUACAAGAUCUGGUUGACGAAACUUCAAGACAAAGGCAAAGAGCUGCUGAGAAUGAGCAGGAGCUUUGCCGUGUUAAGCAAGAAUUUGAAUCCCUGAAAUCUUAUGUCAGUACACUGAUUCGUGCAAGGGAAACACUUCUUUCAUCAGAGAAGCAAUUUCAGGCCAUUGAAAAGCACUUUGAACGGCUUGUGGCCAAAACAUCGCAAUUGGAAAGUGAGAAGAUGCAGAAGGAAGUCGAAGUCCAGAAACUCAUGGAAGAUAAUGUGAGACUGAGUGCUCUACUGGACAAGAAAGAGGCCCAACUCGUGGCCAUGAACGAGCAGUGCAAGGUCAUGGCACUGAACGCUUCCAAAAUAUAAUUUUGAAAUCCUUAACUCAUUUGAUAGAGCUGCCAUCCUUGAACAACCCUGAUCACGCAUUGUAGCUCUCUCCUGCAUACCCGCGAAAGUAUAUUGAUCGAACUUGACAUUCAUUUUUCAUUUCCAAGGUGCCAUGGAACUUGUACUUCAUCUUGUUGUAUGUUCUUAUUUGAGAAGUUUUUGGUUGAUUGGAUGUAAAACCUGCACUGUUGGAGAGUGGAGACCUUUUCCAUUCUACCCAGUGCAGUUUGUGAUUAUCCUGCUGUCUAGUUAUUUCUUUGGUGUCUUA